AUGGCACACCAUGUCCACCACGUUGGACGCUGCCUGUGCGCCUUGAUCCUUUCGUGCGCGGCAGAGAUUCGCCCGGAUGAAGGGAGCCCGGGGUUCCUACAGAUGGACCUGAGCCUCGUGCUGCAGGAACCAUCCACUGCCGGCUUCGGUAGCUCAGUGGGCUUCUUCCUUUGGCACGCAGAUGCUCAUGUGGAUCCCUUCUACCAAUCUGAGCAUCGACAGUGCAAGGAGAACCUCACUCUCCUGGAGCAGAACCCCUUCGGCAUCAUGUCCUGCGAUCCUCCUCCAAAGCUGUUGCACUCGGCGCUGGCCGAGUCCCGGCUGCGCGCGGCAGAGGCUGGGCAUGCAGCAUUUGCUCUCUACACCGGCGACUUCGUGCGACACUCCAUACGUGAGAUGCCCGAGCCGGCAGAGAAUGCAUCGCAGAUUGUUAAGCAAGUGUCACUCUCGGCCAAGAGUUUCUUUCCAGAGACCCCCUUGGUUUUUGGAACCUUGGGGAACUCUGAUGCCAAGCAGGAUUACUACCAGGAGGUCACAAGCAAUGAGUCUUCAAAUCCCUGGUUCGAAAAGCUUGGCGGUCCGAUCCACGGGGCUGGAGGUAUGAAACAGAAGGUGCUGGAGCAGUUCAAGCACGGCAGCUACUUCGAAACCACUGAAGGAAAUGUGACCAUUUUGAGCCUGGCCACUGUGAUCUACUCUGUGGAUCAUUUGCCCUUUGGCCCCCUGGAGGAGGAUCCCUUCGGUCAGUUCCAAUGGCUCCGAAAGAGGCUGCGCCUGGCGGCUCUGGAGCAGCGCAGAGUCCUGAUCGUCGGCCACAUCUCGCCGGGGAUUGAAACCUUCGGCUAUACCGAGCUAUGGCGUCCCCAAUAUGUGGCCCAAUACCUGGAGAUCGUUCAAGAUCCAGUGCUUGGAUCCAUCGUCUCGGCACAACUCUUCGGCCACGUGCACAAGGACGAGAUACGAAUUCUGCCGAAAGCCCCCCGUGGUGCGGGACCCAUUUUUUUGUCGUCGUCCUUGAGCCCGGUUUACUACAACAACCCAUCAUUCAAGCUGGUGGAAUACGACCGACGGACGGGUCGCUUGCUGAACCUCAAGACCUUCAUUUCAGAUACAUUUUCAUCAUCGCAACCAAGCGGUGCACCUACGUGGAGGUUUGGCUAUGACCACGUCAGUGAGUAUGGUUUCAGUUUUGCUGGUCUCACUAUGGCGGAGAUGGUGAAUUUCACAGCCAGCUUGCUGGAUGGCGGAGAAAAUUAUCAAAAGUAUGCUUCGUGGUAUGCCACCGGCUAUCCAAACGAGCUGGAGCAUUACAGCCUCGAAGGAAACACCACUUGGAAUUCCACCUGGAAACAGCAGCGGCGUCGGGAAUACGUGUGCGCCAUGGUCAUUCAAACUGCGGCGGAGUUUGCACGUUGCGCCGGCCUGAGUACCUGGCAAUUGCCAAGUCUGAUGGAAGACAUUGAUCGCUUAAUCCUGGGUCGCUUGCUUGCUUGGGCGAUGCGCUCCCAGACGCCCACAGCGAAGAAGAUCCUGCAGAUGGCCAAUCGGGGAGAAUGGGAGGAGCUGCUAUCUCUCUUCCGCGGCUUAGCCAGUCUCGGCUACAGGGGCCGCGGGUCGCAACAGGUGCAGGAGCAAUUCUUUCAAGCUCCCAUUGGAUUGGAGGACCCAUCUCUCUUUGAUGAUGAGGAUGACGACGAUGAUGACGAUGGUGCAUCACUACGAGAUGUCGUUGCAGGCUUUUUGAACGUCAACAAUUCCAACAUGGCCACUGGUAUCUACCAGGAAGACACCAGAGAAAUCAGGCAUUUGUUGCCUCUAGUGGAAAUGGUCGUUGCGCCAAAGGUGCACGUGGCACAGAAGAAGCGCUUCUUGGAAGAGCUGAGCUAUGCCUUGAGACCACAGGAGCUACAACCCCAGGCUCGAGAGAUGUUCGUCCGUCAGGCCUUACAGCGAGGGGUGGUAAUUGAAGCCGUCAGACUCAUUGAGACGGCUUCUUCAGCUGUGGCUGCCGCAGCCACCAACUUUCUAGGGGACUUUGCAUUCAAUUCCGACAGGGGCUCCAAGGAGGUGUUGAAGGUCUUCGACCGUAUUGCUGAUCGCUUUCAACGGCUCUUCUCCUCCUCUUCAGACAAGGCUGCCCUGAUGAUCUCUGAGGAUUGGCUGCUACAGGCAGCCAUCUUGUUGUGUGUAAACAUUGCUGCGACCUGUCCAGCAGGGCACCUGAAGCUGGUUCGUUUAGUUCAGCCGGUGUGCUUGAAGAUCCUACAAAGUCCACAGGUGGGGGACAAGCUGCGCGGAAACACCAUUCUGUUGCUGGCCAACCUCUCCAUGACGGUGUUGAAUGAAUUGCGAGAGCUACAAGUAGCCAAUGUUUUACUGCAACUGGUGGAAAAUUGCGCCAUCUCCGAACAAGGCAAGAGUGUGGCCGAGUCGGUCAUCAUCUUCCUCCAUGGCGAGGAGAAAUCGACCCAGGUGGAUAUCUUGAUGGAUAGAUCCGUGGUGACCAACUACUGCAUUCCAAUUAUGGCCCAUACGCUGAAGGGCUCCGAGUUUCGUGGCAUGUUCCCCCACCUUUUGUACAGUGCGAAGUUGUUUCAGGUUCUCUCCAGGUGCCGACACUAUGCAGAACGAUUGGUGCAAGAUCCGCAUAAGGUGGUGCACCUCUUGUUGAGAGCAGUGAACCCCAAUGGACCUCCACCGAGAGUUGAGACGGACUAUGAAGGCCGACGUUUGGUGCUGGAGGCACUGUGGUCGUUAGCUCGAUUCAAGCUGUGGCCGGCGGAGAAUGAUGAAGAGAGUAUGAAAUUCAUCGAGACAGACAAGGGCCUCAAGCAACUUCGUGCUGACCGUCACAUUGGCAUCCGAACGGCUGCUGCAGGGAUUUAUGCUCAGCUUCAUAGUGAUUUGGUGCUGGAGAUGCUCAUGGUAGGGAAGCGCUUGGAAGCAGAUGGAUGGCUUCCUCCCGGGUUUUGGAAGCAUCGCAUUGCUUCGCUCCUCUAUCCCUUUCUCGCAGAUGCCCAACCGGGUCAAGCAUAA